AUGCCACCCGGGAAUGGCAUUUUCACUACUAUUGAAGCUCAUGCUGUCUCCUCCCCUUUUGCUUUACAAGAUCUUAUGGCAAAAUGGCUGUUUCGGCGUCUCAAAUUUCUGACCGCUGAUUCGGACACCAUCGUCUGUUCGUCAACACAAUUCCUGGAGAAGCUUAAAGGAGUAAGUCUCUUGCCAAAUGGGGUCACGGUGUCUUCUGAUGUCACGUCCCUCUUUACUUCUGUCCCCCAGGAUCUGGCAAUCGAGACCGUCGAGCUACUCCUACGAAGCAAAUACAAUGAAACCGAGAAUCGUCUCGGACAUGCCCGGGUCCUUCAGCUCGUAAAGUUCUGUCUGAGGACGUACUUCGCGUUCGACGAGACAAUCUACGAACAGGUGAAGGGCACACCAAUGGGCUCACCGAUUUCGGGAUUCAUCGUUGGGGCGGUCCUACAACGGUUAGAGUCACUAGUCUUUCAACACCACAGACCGAGAUUCUGGACUCGGUAUGCGGAAGAUACCUUCGGCGUCAUCGAACGGGAUCAGUUGUUAAUGUUCAAAGAACGUCUCAAUAGCGUCUUCCCGGACAUACAGUGCGUGACCUAUCUCAUGAAAUGUUGGCUGAAAUUCUGA